AUCAUUUUUGUUUACUGGUUAACUGUGAUAUUAAUUAUGAUCCUUAAUGGUAAGAGGAGCACCUGGUCACCCUGGCAAGUUUGGAACUGUAACAAAAUAUGUUCCAGUAAACUAAUCUGCUUGUACAAGCACUGUGGAACUGAGACUAUUUUGCUUUGUAAUCCAGAAAUGUUGUGACCUUCCUGCUCAUUUGUCAGAUUAUAGUUCUGUUCAGCAUAGACAGACUACUGGUUGUUCCUAAUCACUUAAAUAUACAAAACACCAAAUAAAUGCAACAGAUUAGAAAAAGGGCAGUGAAUCAUUAGCAAACUAUAAAGGUACAAAGUAUGUGGAAAAAUUUGUUACGAAUAUCGUGUUGUGCUUUAUAACAAUAAACACCUUGAAAUGGAGCUUAUAGUGGAAGACCUUAUAAAGACAAUAAGUUUUGAAGGCCAGCUGAGUUGAACCUCACAGAACCAAAAAAACUUGCAUGACUUGGAUGGGUUACACCCAGUAGUGCAACCCCACAAUAUUUUGUUGAAGACAAGUUGGCAGCUCUUUCAAUUUUUUAUUUGAAAGAUGAAGGUAUAGAUGAAAGAACCUACAGGGAUCAUAUUCAUUGGCUGUUUUUGGCCUAACGGGGACCGCGAUGUGUCAGCAACUUCAUGCUCCGAAAGAUUCAGGAGUCAGUAAACUAUAAGAUAGCGUACUUGGGAAGGUAAAAAAUGAUAUAUAAUUGAGAAGUAUCAUUUGCGACUCACAUAAUUUGGCCUUGUAUUCCACUGUGCCAUUUUCGUUUUCCACUCCCUAACGUCGAAUUUCAACUGAACUCAAAACGAGUCUGUGUGACAUCAUUUAUGAAAUCGAGGACUGGAUAGAACCGCGAGAAAAGAAUUUUUUUAAAAUGGCGAAUGAAAAUGCUGUUCGUGAAACAUUGAAUUGGUUGACAUCAUUACAAGUAGGAAUAGCACAACAAAAGGAAGUAGUUGAAAAAUGGUGUUCCUGCUACAGAUAUUCUUUAUCUCAACUAAAGAAAAGCUCUAGACAAGUUAGUAAAGAAGUUGAAAAAACUGAAGAUGUUCCUAAGAGUUUUGAAGAAGAAGUGGACUUUAGUGAAAUAGACAAGAUACUUGAGAAAGCAAAAUCUGUGCGAGUGGAAGCAACAGAAAGCAAGGAGAAAGCACUAAGCAACCCCAAGAAGCAAAGGAACGCCAUUAAAAGACAUGAACAGCUGGUGAAGGAAGAUGCCAGAGAACGAAAAGCAGUUUCAGCAGGAGUAACUCAUUCCAAAGAGAUCAGAGCUGCCCGUUUUCAAAAAAUUGCACCUAGAGUUACAAGUAGACCGAAAACAGUACCCAGCACAAGGAAAGUCCCCAAAUUGGAGCAAAAAGGAGUAAAGAAUGACGAAAAAGAUAGACUUAAGACUGAAGAAAGGCGAAAAGCUGUGCAGGCAGUCAAGAAACAAGGUUGUGAAAAAGAAACUGAACUGACAACACGAGAAAAGGACGAAGGACAUAAUCCCCAACCAGAUACAGAGAUCAAACUGCUUAAUGAUAAAACGGAAGGUGUCGUUAAUAAUGAAAUUGUCAAUAUAUGUAUGAAACUUCGACAUUUGAAGAAGAAACUUGUAAAUGAAGAAUCUAAAAAUUCGAGAAAGAAUACGCUGGCUAAAGAAAAAUUUAUAAUGGAUGUAAAAGGACUAUGCCAGGAUAGCAAGACGUACUCGGAUACUUCAAGUGUGUUGCAAUUGCCAACCAGUUCGUUGGAAAGGAUCACAAGAAACUCGCCCUUGUCACAGGCACUAGCCUUACUGGAUUGGAACAGCACAUUUAGCAGUGUAAAGGAGAUUCAAGAGCUCUGCGAUUCUGUGAUGAAAUAUCUUGAACUGAAAUUGGAACUUGAAGGAAAACAAAUCAUGCAAAAGAUGGCUGAAAACCUGCUGCAUUCAGAAACUUUGUCCAAAUCUGAGAAAAUUGAUGUUUUUCGGAAAAUGUACUGUUUACUGGUUGAGAAUGGAGAACGUCUCCCAACGAUGAUUGACGAUUCUGAAGUUUAUGAACUGGGCGUUGAAGAGGAUGCUUAAAGUUGAAAUCCUUCAAUAAGGUAAAAUUCAAAGUAAAGAGAAGCUAUUAGCAAUUUCAUACAAAAGUAUCGCAAGUCAUUUAAAUAAAUUGUUAUGAAGCUGUUUCGUCACUCUCGUCCCCAACUGGAUGUUUUUUCCAAAAGUCUUCCACUUUCAGUACAAUAUCAUACUCUUGCUAUAUAAAAAUAAAAUAGAAACAAGUACAUUUUGCAGAAUUUAUCACAUUUAACAAUUAAAACUGAGUUAAACGAAUCUAUAAGAAGCGUUUGUAAAUGUUGCUGGGUUAAAAGAAAUAAAGUACGCGUAAUAAUGUUGUUUAGAAUACCUAGAAAAUCAUUCAGUUAAGCAGUGUUAUGUGUGAACACUGCUAUUAAAAUCACUCACUGUCAAUAAACCUUGUUUCUAUUUCUCAUAACAGGUGGAACUUGAGGACAGAAGGGUUUAAUGCUUAUGUUUUGCCAGGAUAACCAACAUCAAGUCUAAUAAGUGAGCUGCCCCCCAUGUUUUUUAUCAAAGUUUAAUUAAAUUAUUAAUAAUUAAAUUUUAUAAAAAUUAUUAAUAAAAAUUAAAUUUUAUUAAUUUAAUUUUGUCUUUGGGUAACAUGAAGAUCAGAUUUUAAGAUAUUGCCUCUUUUUCAUAGUACAAUGCUUUUUUGAUAUUGAGGUUCCAAUCAUAAAUUUGCUAAAGCACCUUUAUGAAAAUUGACUUGUUUCCUCCUUAAAAUUCAUUUCUAAGAUAGAGUGAUAGGAUUUGGGACAACAUUGGGAAUAUACAAAAUAUUGUGAACUUGAAAGAGUAAGACACUGAGAAAGAAUAGCUUAGUCUAAAGUGUGAAAACAGAUGAAAACAUACCCUUCCCUUAAAGCUGCUUUUUAGAAUCAAGAAUACUGAGGUGUAGAAGUGGCAGGGGGUUUGACACUUCCCAGCCAACCCUACUAGACAAAAUCUGGUAGAAUGUCACAUCGGAUUGGAUUAUAUUAAUUGGUAAAUACCUAAAUGCAGAUCAGAAUGAGUCAAUAACAUAAAAAAAUUGCUUGAUUUAUUUAAAAUUGUCUGAAAGCAAUGGGUAGCUAUCAUCGUACGAAAAGGACCAUAAAAAUUAGACCUGGUUGGAUUAUUAGAAAAGUAUCAUACACCCAGUAUUCUCUGUGAAAGGAAUUACAUCUUUACAAAAAUGAGCUUUCAUAAAUUUUUUCAAGACUUUGUCAGGUAUAAGAUAGCAAACACAAGUUUUCAACACAAAACUACUAAAAAUUCUAAUCUCCAUUGACCCCUUGAACUGUGUUACAGCUAAAAUGCAUAAGAUUCACUCCUGAUUCACUAGCAUACAUAAUGACUUACCUCGCGCAUUUCUUUUUGAUAUUUUCGAAGCUCCUGCACCUCCUCAUCCAUCCGCACCUAUUAAUAUGUUUCAAAAAUAGUUACCUAAUGAAAAAUUAUGCAGCACUCCCUUGUAUAAAUUGAUAUAUAACUCAACUGGAACUGAGGCUUAAAAUUUACAAAAGUUUUAAGUAAAGAAAUGGUGAUUUAGAAAGGAAGGGGUAUUUAUGUAACCAUGAAUAAUUUUAAUAUAUAAAACCAUUCGACUUCAGUCUGAUUUGUUCUGUAUUGGCAUUUAAGAAGAAUCUACAUCUACUUUCAAGCAUUAAAAUCAGCUUUAAAAAUUUGGGCUCACCACACAUCCUCUCCAGAAGGACUGAAUAAUGAUGGCAGCUUCCUCGUCAGUAAGUAUCAAUGAUAAGGGUAAUGGGGGCCUUGGACUGUGAUUAGAAAAUAAAUAAUGAGAAUUGUAUGCAAAAUUAAAUCUAAUUAUCAAGGAAAAAGUCCGGUGAAUUAACAGUCGCUAACAUUUCGGGAAUUUUGAUUCACAUAUAGGUAUGUAUUUUUCAAUAUUUUACAUUUUCAUUUUAAUAGAGCAUAAUGCAUAAUAGAGCAUUUUCAAAUUCCAUGAAUUUCUAUACAUGCAGUUUUAACCUUUAAAAAGUUUGCCCAGGUAUUUAUUGCAACUGAGGAAAUAGUCAUAAUCUUGUAUAAUAUGCAAAAUAGAUUGGUUUUAAAAAUUAAAUGUUUGGUCUCAAAGGAUAAUCAUAGACUUUAAAAAGACAUACUUUUCUGCAUUAAUUCUUUGUACAAAUGGGAUGUUCCAUAAUGAUGUCUCCUCUCUUUCAGUGUGCCUUGGGUUGUUGCUAAAAGUAAAAUGUGAUGCAUUAGAAACUUAUAGAGUAUUUAUUAACCUGCAUGUUUUUUAGUGCCAUAGAUGUAUGACAAAGGGAGUUGUUCCUAGGUGUAACUUUUUAAUUGAAGGCAAGCUCCAAUCAAUGUUGAUAAUUGGAAUCAACUAGCCCUUCUCCAGCAUGAAAUUUGUUGUAGAUUUUAAGGAUAUAUUUUCAACUUCCACACUUUUUAUUGUUCAAAUACAGAUAACCCAAGAGAAGUUGUAUUUUUAAUCGUAUUUCUAAAGUUGAAUUUAUACAGUGUUACAUAUUUUGGAUCCAUAAAAGAAACAAAAUCAUAAUAACAAAUUGUUAGCCCUGAUAUUAUGCCUCUAAAUACAGAAAAGUUAAUGUCAUCUGUGCGUUCCUUAGCUGAUUCUAACAUCUCACAUUCACAUUCCACUUCAUUUGAUUAAAAGACUUGCAUUUCAAGACCAAGGUGGGAAGUGCAACACUGUAAUCAAAUUAUUUUUAUAACGUUUGAAAACUGCAUAAGACUCACUUGUAGAGAUAUUCAGUCAAGUAAUCACAUGCAUUGAAUUUUGUUCUCUUCCACUGAAAAGGGACAAUAUGACCAAAUUGCAGUCAUUUAAAGGCAGGUCAGUCAAUAAAAGGCAGUGAAUUGUGACAAAAAGAGAGGGUAUACCCACAUACGCUGACUCCUAUUUUUUUGUGUUUUAAUGCAAUUGGCUGGCCUGACACUAAUCACACUCAUACUGAUUAACAAAACAGCUUCUGCACAUAGCAAGUUUUCAAAAAUAGAUGUUGAUAUCACAUGUAACAACAGCAAUCAUGCAAAUCGCAAAUGACCCCCUAUUGAGAAAGCCUAUUUAUUCAAUGCCUUUAAAUGAAUAUGGAAAAAUGUCAGGUAUCAACUACUUGCAUUUUAAAAUGUCCUGUGCCUAUGGAGAUGGCCAACUAAAAACAAUUUGCCACAUAAAAUAUAAAUAAAAACACCAUAAAGUAUAUGAUUUUACCUUCAAGGCAUCAUUCUCAACUGCAGAUCGAAGCAUCUUGUCUAGAGCUGGGAGCAAAACUGGAAAUAUUUCCUUCUCCAAGUACUCUUUUGCAGAACCUUCAAAGCAAAUAAAUAUCUGAAAUUACUAUACACCUUAAGUUAUAUUUUUUGUUUGUAAAAUUUAGCACAUUAUGGGGAUUCUAUUAUAGGUUUGCGGCUUCACGGCCCUGACCCUAUUUAUACAUGCAGCCUUUGUAUUUGGCAAAGGGUUUUCUGCUGAUUGCCUCUUCAGGAUAAGUUGCAUUUUGCGGCUUUCAGUGAAAAUUGGCAAUGAAUGUGGCUGCCUUUCCACUGAAAACUGUGAAUGUGGCUGCCUUUCCACGACAUCAGCAAAUCAAUAGAUGUGGACUAAGAUUUCUGUGGUUUGGAACAACAAAACAGCUUGUUUUGUGAAAGAGAGUGAGAACCUGCCUACACUACUACUGCCCACUAUCAAAACCCUUAUCAAAACAGUGCUAGUUACUUUUAUAUAGAUCAAUCAUUUUAUCAUUGUGUAACCCAAUGAAAAAGUUUCGUUUUUUUCUUCUCACACUUCUUUUCGUAAAAAAACGUGUUUUUCCUAUCUGAUGUACCUUUAUCGGGUCAUAUUAAAUUAUAAUCACAUAUAGCUACGUACAUCGAUGCCUUUCGUCGUCUUUGUUUAUAUUCUUGUCUUCACAUUUUUUAUCUUUUUCGUUUAUUUCCUCUUCUUCGGCAUCUUCAAACCCAUAAUACACUGGAUGUAUUAAACUGACAUCAAAAUUGUCGGCGAUAUUUGUAGCCAGUUUUGCAUCGUGCUCAUAAAAAACUGGAUUCAGCUUAGCCCAAUCGGUCAUUCUGGCCUUAAUAUAUCAUGUACCUUUCUUCCAUUUGACAGACUACCCUUAAAACUGUGAAAAGAAUUGGAAUGUGCGAUUUUAAAAGUUAAGACAUUUGG